AUGAAGCUAGUUCUCUCUACCUCAAAUCUCAUGAAAGGCGGCGGCUCCUCCGUAAUCCGCCGUCCAACAACCGAAAAAUCCAACGUCGAACUAAUAAACGCCCUGCGCUCGAACUUCCAAGCCUCGCAGCACGAAUCCUCGAAUGGCUCCUCCAACGGCACCUCCAGCACCGCAACCAACGGCUACAAAUCCUGGACCUCCGAGCACGACGGCACACUGUACAUCCCUGCGCGCGACCUCUCGCAACCAGGCCUAAGCGAAGAACGACCCCAGUACGACAUUACCGUGAAACUGUUCUAUCUCCCGGGAAUACCGGUAUCGAGACGAUGCGCGCAUACACGGGAGGCGAUCGAUCUCGUUCUGAAAGAACUAGGCGUUGACUCGAUUGAUCUGCUCAUUGUUUCGUUCCCGGGUAUUUUAUUCGACGCGGAGGACGAUAGCGAGGAUGAAGAUGAAGCGACAGAAGGCGAGGGCACGGGCGCGAAUGAGGGACAGGUGCAGCAGUCAGAUGACUUUGAUAGUAUGGUGCAGACUUGGCGCACGCUCGAGAAACUACAGAGUGAGGGAAUGAUUUCGCAGCUGGGUGUUGCGGAGUUUGGGAGUGAGCGGCUCGCGCGCUUCCUUACGCAUACCAAUGUGAAACCCUCCGUCGACCAAAUCAACCUUAAGGACUGUUGUGUCGUGCCGAAGUCGUUAAUUCUCUACGCGAAGCAAGAGCAUAUCCAACUCUUGACGCAUAAUGAUUGCAAUGAUAUCUUGCCUGUCGGGACGACGAGGGAGCUACUAGGGCCUGGGGAGUCUGGGGCCGGGAUUCUGGCUUCGGCGCCGGACAAGAAUGAUGGGAUCCAGGGAGAUGUUGAACCGCAGUGGGUGGUGAAGUAUACGGCUGUUGUUAAGGACCGGGGAGUUGUUGAGAAUAAGGGGUAUUUCGCGUUGGCUGAUAUAGGGAAUUGUGUGCGGACGGAGUCGUGA